UCCGUAUAAAAAUAAUGUCUCCCUCACAUCCGCUGUCUGUUCACAUAUAGCUUUCGUUUACUGACUAUUUAUUGAUGCCCGCAUUAAGCUCCUAAUGACAGGACGCUCAACUCCCCACCAGGACAUACCUGUCGACGAUGCGUCCGACGCUACCAUAGCUCAAACCGACGAGAUUAUGAAAUCGUACCUGCGCAAAGUCGACCUGCGCAUUGCGGCGUUCCUCUGCUUUGGCUACGGAUCCGUGCUUCUGAACCGCUCUGCAACCAGCUUCUCCAAGAUCCAAGGCAUCGAAGCCCAGCUCGACAUGCACGGCACCCAGUACAACACAUUGCUUGCGUUAUUCUACCCGACCUUUCUGUUUUUCCAGCUGCCGUUGAACCUGGUGUAUCGGAAGAUCGGUGCCCGCAUGUACAUCCCAACAAUGCUGUUCUGUGCCGGCACAUUGAGCGUAUGUGUGCUAGCCGUGCAUUCGUACUCUGGCAUGCUGGUGAUUCGCAUUCUCGAGGGACUCUUCCAGGCGGGGUUCUGCUCGGCUGUGUUCUUCACUCUCUCGCUCUGGUACCCGCGCCAGUACCUCGCCACACGCACUAGCUGGGUAAUCAGCUCUACAUGUCUGGCUGGCAUCCUGUUCUCCGCCUUCAGUCUCGGCCUCUCGAAGCUUAACGCGCCAGCACCCAUCUACUCCUGGCAGUACCUGUAUUUGCUGGUCGGCUUGCUGGCCUGCGCUUCAGGUCUCUUUGGUUUCGCCUUUAUCCGUGACCAUCCGGACACUGCCAGCUUCCUGAAUGACCAGGAGCGCACCUUCAUUGCUGAGGUCAUGAGCAAGAGCGACUUGCAGGCGAGCCAGUCGAAGAAAAUAUCCGGCCGUCAGAUCAUCCAGGGCCUGACCGACUGGCGCCUACUGAUGUUCAUGGCCAUCGACUUUGCCAACAACUACGUGGGCGCAUCGGCCAGCGGCUGGGCCCCUGUCCUACUAACAAGCAUCGGCCACUCGACCACCACCAGCAUGCUGAUUUUGCUCAUUUCGGCCAUCCUGGCCAUGCUGGCGACCAUUGCCACUGGGUGGUACGCCCAGCGCAUAAAUCACAUCGGCUACUUGCAGAUUGCCCUGUCGGUGGCUGGAGCCGUCGUCCUUGUUAUUGGCGUGGCCGGUGUCCAGAGCAAAAUUGCGCGCACCAUCAGCGUGUUCCUUUUGCCAAUUCUCGCCGCUCCUGCCUGUAUUGUCGGCCCGACCUGGCUGAACCUGAGGAUCCGCGGGACCGACAACAGCGCUAUUUCCAAUGCCUUUGCCACCGCCGCCUGCAAUAUCGGCGUGUUUGCUAACAGCUACGCCUACUUAAACAGCGAUGCGCCGCUGUAUAUCAAGGGUAGUUCAUCUAACUUUGCCAUGUUUGGUGCUGCUAUCAUCUGCAGCGCUGUAUUGCUGUAUAGCUCUAGAGCCGACAAACUCACUAACUCGCGUACCAGCUUCAGAAAAUCUGGAUUCAAGCAUAUCCACUAACGCUGCGCAGCAUAGCUGUUACUUUACUUCUA